GCCCAGGAGAGCUCGCGGGAGCUUUUCCUGCCUCAUCUGUUGCAGAGCUGCAGGAGAGUGGGCGAACCGUGCAUCCUGCGAGCUGAAACAGAAGAAACUUUGUGUUAACUUACCAGCAGGGAAUGUAUUAAAAGAAGCUAAUGCGUCUACUGCGCCGCAACUGGGAGAAAGUAUGGACUGCACAGCCUCCAUUUGAAAACUUCUUUCUCAUGCGUAAAAACAGUUUGAUUAUUGGACUAUGACCGAACUCUCCAAUCUGCAGAACCAGCGCGUUUUUUGACAAGUUUGGUGUCUUUUUGUGACACACACAUAUAUAUAUAUGUUAGAGAACUGGGAGUUUUAAUGACACUUUUCUUUUUGAGGGCUGCAGACUGAAAAAAAAAAAAAGUUGAGUCAGACGCACACAUCUGCCCGCUCGAAGCCAAGGAGGAUUUUGAAGACUGAAGAAAUGAGACCGUUUAUCAUCUGCGCGCUUCUUCUUCUAAAAGUUACUUUUGGAGAUGCCUGUGCCAGUGGCCAGUUCACUGAAUCAGGGCAGUGUUGCAGUCAGUGUCCUGCUGGCUUUGGAGUGGAGGUUGAGUGUGGGAAAGAGGAUACCAAGUGUGCACAAUGCCCACAGGGAACAUAUUCUUCCUCUGAAGGCCUCGGCCCUUGCCUCCCCUGCUCCAAGUGCCCAUCCGGUGUUCCCAUGGGGGCCCCUUGCUCUGCCACUAAAGACACACAAUGUGAAUGUGACAACGGCUUCUUCUUUAUGCGCAACUACAGCCUGUGUGCGCCUUGUUCCAAAUGCACCCGUGGUAUGGGUGCUACGCAGCAGUGCGGCCUACAGGGAGACACACGAUGCCAGGUCUGUGGCCCGGGAACCUUCUCUGAGGAGCACCUUAGCACCAGUCCCUGCCAGAGCUGCACACAAUGCUCUGAAAGUGAAGUGGAGAUCCGAGCCUGCAUGCCCAACUCUGACACACUCUGCAUGGAUAAGAGGCUGCACAUUCUAUCCCGUCCCGCUGAGUCUGAUGGGCCCCGUGACUCUCCUCGCUGGCCAGGUGUAGAGGAGGUGACGGAGGAAGGGGAGUCCAGUUCUGCUCCUGGAACACCCAAGUUUACCCCCCAGGAUGAGGGUGGCAGCAACAACAUUCUGGCUUAUGUCUCUGUCCUGGCUGCUGUGGUGCUGGGUCUGCUUCUUUAUGUUGCUUAUAAAUGCUGGAGAUCAUGUAAACAGAAGAAGGCUCUUUCCAAAGCUCGUGCAGCCGAGUUGGGAACAUCUCCAGAGGGAGAAAAGCUCCAAAGUGACAGCGGUGUUUUUCUAGACUCUCAGAGCCUACAGGACAAUCAGCCUAGCAAAGGCACUAAGAGGGACAGCAAGCAGGACACUCGACUGUACAUCAACCUAGCCCCCCACAGACAGGAAGAGGUGGAGCGCCUCCUGCAGGAGGGAGGGGGUCGGGGGUGGAGGCAGCUGGGCGCAGCGCUGGGCUAUGAGUCUGAACAGCUGGACCUGUUUGGGCGUGGAGAGGCCCCCUCUCACACGCUCCUCUCUAACUGGGCCCAGAAAGAAGGCUCCACACUGGGACUGCUGUGCUCUGCACUGGCUCGCAUUGAGAGGCCUGAUGUGGUAACAGCUCUUAACUGCCCCACGCAGGGUGUUUCUGUGGUCUGACAGCUCCUCAGACACACGUAUGACACUAACAGACUAAAGUGAAGAAGGGGAAACUCUCAUUGAAACGACAAGGGAGGCACUCUGAUAUCAACACCUCUCACUGUUGGAGGGUGCCACUGAUAGCGCUAACUGUUUUGCUGGACACUUAUAAUUCAGUUUUUACUAAGAGAACGAAAAAAUAUUCUUGUAAUGCUUUCCUCUUUCCCAGUUUAUGUCAUGAUUUGAAUUCACAUGGUGCCAUUUACAUAAAAGUACCUCCUGCAAUGUGCUAACAAUUACCAGGGGACCUCUUACAGACCUCUUACUGCUGAUGCUGAGUGGCAUAGGGAGCAACAUUCUUCAAUUCUGGUGAAGUCGCAGUGCCUUGUUCGAGGGACAGUGUCGUUUCCAUGUGUACAAAUCCUGGUUACGGUGAGUAUUCAGGUGGCAGCAGGAAAUAGAAUAAUGUUAUUUUUACAUGUGCUGCAUGAGUGUGAUUAUUCUAAAACCACCAUUUAUACGUUUUUUUGGACAGUAAUCAGAUUCAUCAUGAUGCCCCCUUUUAAAAAAAAAAAAAAAAAAAAAAAAAAAAUAUCAGCCUUCCACGUGCUAUUGUAAACAAAUGCGGAUGGCGUAGAUCAUCGUGUUUUUAGCCUCGUUUUAUGAAUCACAACUUCCAAAACCGCUCUGGUAUUGCAGUUGAUUUUUGCCAAAACGAGAUACUUUCUUCCAACAACACUGAUUUCCAGCAUGAUGUGGCUUUCCCUAUUUGGGAUCAUUUCUGAGCACAUGUGCACGUUCAAAAAAGAAAACAAGAAAGAAUCCCAGUUAAGGGUUUACAUGGCCAAGUGAUCAGAUUUCUCCAGCGGAAAUCGAGGGUUAAAUCUUAUUAAUUAUCCCGAUUAUGCUUGCGGUUGCUACUUUCUUUAUAAGAACACUUUAUCUAAUGUGUAGAUAGGAGCUACUCACUAGAUCAUUUUAACUUUAAGUUCCCCUAUUUAGCAUUUAAAACCAGUAUACAAACAUUUAAUAAAUGGUUUAUAACACACUAUAAUGUAGUUGUUAGUAGAUAUAAGUGUUUAUUAGUUGUAAGAUUAUAACUCUUGUGGGCACCCAUGCCGUAAGCGGAGGCUGGUGUAUAAAUAGAUAAUGAAAGACAAUAUAAUAAAACACAGUUGUAAAAAUAUAAAAGACGUCUUUAUAGGAGAUGUUAUAAUUAUUGACAAAUUCUCUACAUUAAGAAACACUUAAAUGUCCUUAUAUCUGCUUGCAACUACCUCAUAGUGUGUUUCUAUACUGCUUAUAAAUGCUAGACAGGACUUAAAUUUAAGUGUCGCCUGUGUCGCCUUCUUCUGCUGUCUUUAUUCUUUUUCUGAUGCGGCCACUAAGUAGCCUUGGUAUUUAUUUACACCGAGGAUCAUUUGUAUGAUGCACCAGUGAUGUUUCAGUUCUUAGGAGACACAGAAAUGAAGCAAUCUGUGGAAUAUAAAAAAAACAUUCUUAGCUCUUCCUAAUAAUCACUGAUGUGACUGUAAAUAUCUUUAAUGUUGACUUGUCUUUGAAAGCCAUGGCUUAAAACGAGAUCAUUUUAUGAACUGUGAAUAUUCAUCACACACAGCCUUAUUGUUUGACACCUUGGUUUUUCAUCAAUUAGACGCAGAAAAAAAAGACACUGUUAACAUCACUGCUUGUGCCCCAACUUCCCUUCUUGCUUUUGUAUUUAUUUCACAACCAUUUCAAGUCUAAAACUAAAUAAAAUCUAUGAGAACCAUGGACAUCUGUGGUGUGCUAGUUACACUAUGUGAUGCCCUCAGAUGGUUUGAUCUUUUUUUUUUUUUUUUAAUGCCAGCUAUGUAUGGUUUUGUGUAUAUAUUUCCUAAUGCUAUGCCUCGAUUUGUUUUUGUAAGAUUUUUAUUCAUUUAAUAAAUAACUUUGAUAAGU